AGGAUUAAAAGACGGCUACGCCUUAUGGCCUACGUCACUAAUUAGGAUUGUUCCAAAACAAUCUAGGAGACUAAGGUUUAGUAUAAAAGAACCAACCGACCUGGUCAGUUGACCAUAAGAAGACCGAAACGAUCAACAAGACUGAGAAGACCAACAAAUACGAAUAGUUCACCAAUGAGCAAUCAAGCAAGAGGAGGAGAGACCCUGCCCGGAGGAAGCCCAGGGCCCUCGUCUGGAGCUCAAUGUACCAAACCCAAGCAGCUGACUCUGGGGACAUGGAACGUCAGGACACUGCUGGGAAGGGAGACGGAGCUUGUGAGGCAGGUGGAGCUCUACAAAUUAGAUCUGGUGGGGCUAACCGAAACGCGCAGUCUCAGAACUGGUGCCAAAACCCUGGAUAGUGGUUGGACUCUAUUCUUCUCCGGAGCCGCGCGGACCCAUGCGGGUGUGGGAAUACUCAUAAAUCCCCGGCUGAGAGCCUCGUGGUUGGAGUUUACCCCGGUGGAUGAGAGGGUCGUCUCCCUACGCCUAAGGGUGAUAGGGGGGGAAAAAACUCUGACUGUUGUUUGUGCCUAUGCACCGUGCAACGAAAAAAAGUACCCGGCUUUCUUGGAGAUCCUCAGCAAAGUCCUGAGUAAGGUUCCAGAAGGGGACUUUGUAGUUCUGCUGGGAGACUUCAACGCCCACGUGGGCAACAAGACAGACAAAUUGCCAGACGUGAUUGGGAGGCAUGGCCUCCCUAAACGAAGACCGAAUGGUACUCUGUUGUUGAAUUUCUGUGCUCGUCAUAGUUUUUCUAUAACAAACACCAUGUUUGAACAGGUGGAUCCGCAUACCUGGCACUGUGAUAAAUUUGACGAAAAAACUGGAAUUACAAAGAAAGAAACAUCGUUGAUCGAUUUCGUGAUCGUACCAUCCAGUCGGAUGUUGCAUGUUUUGGACACUCGGGUGGAGAGAGGGGCGGUACUGGAAACGGACCACUAUCUGGUGGUGAGUCAGAUCACUCUGGACGAACCUGCUGUCCCCAUCACCACCAAUCCAAAUACCAUUCCUCCAUUCACCAAAGAUGACUCAGAAGAUGACCUUGCUGGCAGUCUCAAAGUUUUAAGUUUUAAGAAAAAAAAAUAAAAAGGAAGCUGAGAGACGAAGAAGAAAAAGUAAACAGUAAAACUUUUCUUCUGACAAAUGUACUUAUUAAAAGUCACUUUGAAUGAAAACGUCUGCUAAUUGUCCUCAUUGUAAAUGUAAACUACUAAUGUAACCAAAUUGAGUUUGUUCUAUCAAGAAUAUAAACAUUUCUAGAUUUCAUACUUUACUCACGCACCUUUCUGUGAAGCACAUUCUCUUCAACAAAAUUAACCAGGGUAAACGUACAAAAAUACAAUCAUUAAAAUGAGUGCUGUCAAGCGAUUAAACCAUUUAAUCGCGAUUAUUCGCAUUAAUGUCAUAGGUAAUGCGUUAACGCCGUUAAUAACGCGUUUAACUGACAGCACUAAUUAAAAUACAAUAAAAGGUUUGAAACAUUGCACAUUUUUUUGUUUUAAAGUUGUGAAGUCUUUUAAAGCACAACAUUUUUUUCAAUAUUCUAAUACUUUGUCUAGCAUGUUCAUGACUUGUCACUUCAUGACAAUGGUGAUGGAUGAGGCCUCACACCACAAUGUAGUAUAACUACGUUGGUCCACAGCGGAAAACUCUAAAAAUGUGAUAUCUAUGUUUUUUUGGCCCAUUCUAUUCUAUAGGCCUGCAUCCACGCCAUGUGACAUGUCAAGUUUCUGUUUGCAAAAACCAACAUGUCUGAC